AACUCGCCCGAAAGCAAUUUAAAAAAUGGCGGCCAAAUUUUGUUUGGGUGAAGAGGAGACGAAGGUUACGCUGGUUUUAUUCAAUAGCGUUUCAAAUAGCGACGAGAUAAAAGAAAAACUUAUAAAAGGACAAAUAGAAGCCACUUUUAUUAAUCCAAAAACGAUAAUCGACAAAUUUCAAGUUCUGGUGGCCGUCAAUAAGGCCCUUCAUUGCCGGGCCCGUGGCGCCAUGAAGACCAAGAACGUAUAUUCCGAAAUAUUGUAUGGUCUUUCGCCCGCCAAAAAUAUUACUCGCUCCUUGAAAACCUUCGGAAUUAACGACUCGGAUUCGGAAGUGUUGGCGGUGAUACUGGACGACCGGGACGACGGAAAGUUACGGGAAAUAAGAAACGAAAUACGAGGAAUACAGGACGAUGUCGAACUCCUUUGUCGAAUUGGAGACGAGUCUUUAAUAAAAAAGUUAUAUGGAAUCAAAGAUGUGGAAUUAAAUGUUGGAAGUAUUUUGGAUUCAAUAGUGAGCAGAAUUUCUGUGAAAGAUUAUACGUGAAGAAUUGCUUUCCUAAAAAAAUAUUCUGUAAUGUAUGUAAGGUAAAAAUAAAAUGUAAUAGUGUAGUUUGAAAUAAAUUACUAGAGAAUUUGAUUUUAUAAUCUUGAUAUAAUGAAGGAUUGAAUGAAUUAUUUCCAAUUAGUAUGUUUCAGACAAUAAAGUAACCUAAUUAUUUAACAUGUA